UUACAGUGGAAGGAAUUGAUGUCUUCCCAUACUGCUGAACCAGUUUGUCUCAACUCUGAUGAAGAAUUGGACUCUGCUUGUGUCAAAAACGAGAUUAAAGACAAGAAAAAGGGUGUUGUACUUCUUACAGGUAAGAAACGUCCUCGUAGAUUAACCUCUAGUGUGUGGGUGCACUUUGAUUUCUUGGAUGAACCUGAUGAGAAUGGAAAUUUGAUGUGUAAGUGUAAGAAAUGUGGUACUACUUAUAAUGCUGAUAGUAAGAAUGGAACUGGGAAUUUAUUGCGUCAUCUUAAGAGUUGCAAAAUGAGAAAAUAUAGAGAUAUUGGUCAAAUGCUUUUAGAAAAAACAUCCUCUGGUUUAGAGAAUAGAUUAGUGAAGUUUGAUGCUGAUGAAUUUCGUGAAUUGGUGGGUAUGGCAAUUGUUAGACACGAUCUUCCAUUUCAAUUUGCUGAGUAUGAGGGUAUUAGGAAAUGUUUUAGGUAUUUGCAUCCUGAUUUUAAACCUGUUACUCGCAAUACUAUUAAGGCUGAUGUACUUAAGAUGUUUAAGAGGGAGUCCCAAAAAUUGAAGUUUGAGUUGGGUGAUGGUACUGGUAGAAUUUCCUUGACUUGUGAUUGUUGGACUUCCAUAACCACUGACGGUUAUAUAUCUUUGACUGCUCACUAUGUUGACAAAUAUUGGUGUUUGCAAAAAAGAAUUUUGAAUUUCUCUUACCUGCCUCCUCCUCAUACGGGAGUUAAUUUAUGUGAUCAUGUGUUCACUUUAUUGAAAGAGUGGGGAAUUCAAAAGAAAAUCUUUUCUUUGACUUUAGAUAAUGCAUCAUCAAAUGAUGUGUUUGCUCAACAUCUUAAAGAUGAACUUGACUUAGUUUGUAAUGGGGUUUUUUUUCAUGUGAGAUGCUGUGCACACAUUCUGAAUUUAAUAGUUCAAGAUGGUUUAAAAGAAAUUGAUGUUGCUGUGAUUAAGGUGAGGGAGACCGUGAAAUAUUGUAAGGGUUCUCAAGGAAGAAAACAGAAAUUUUUAUCUUGUGUAUCUCAUGUUGAACUUGAUUCUGCUAAAGGCUUAAAGCAAGAUGUUCCCACUAGAUGGAACUCAACAUAUUGCAUGCUAGAGAGUGCUUUGUACUAUAAGAAGGCCUUAAUCCAUUUUAAAAAGAUUGAUGCCAAUUAUGUUCAUUGUCCAACUUUAGAAGAGUGGGAUAGAAUUGAGAAAAUAUGCAAGUUUCUAAAGGUUUUUUAUGAAGUUACUCUUGCCUUUUCUGGGACCAAAUACCCUACAUCCAAUAUUUUCUUCCCAAAUGUACUAAAGGUUAGAUUGUUGUUAAAGCGUGAAAUAGAAAGUAAGGAUCAUUUCAUGAGAUCAAUGGCUGCUAAGAUGUAUGAGAAAUUUGAGAAAUAUUGGUCCACUUUUGGAACUUUCAUGGCUGUUGCGGUGGUGUUGGAUCCACGUUAUAAGUUGGAAUUUGUUGAAUGGGGUUGUAAGAAGGUUUAUGGCUUGACUCAAGAGCAUGAUGAUGUCCUUACACAAGUGGUUGAUAAGGUGAGGGAAUUAUAUGAGGCAUAUGCUACCAUUUGUACUUCAAGUACUACUAAUGCAAUUAAUGUUGCUGCUAAUUCGAAGGUUCAAUCCAUGAAAGAAGAUCUUGACGAACUCAUGGAUGACUUCGAUGAAUUCUCGACUAAGAAAGCAACUGUGGCUAACAAGGAUUACUUGGAUAUGUAUUUUGAAGAUGCUCUCCUCCCACGUACUACUAAUUUGGAUGUUCUCAUGUAUUGGAGGAAUAAUUCUGUCCGUUACCCUCCGUUGGCACUUAUGGCAAAAGACAUACUUGCUGUCCCGGUAUCUACAGUCGCUUCUGAAUCUGCUUUUAGCACUGGGGGUCGUGUUCUUGAUAGCUAUAGAAGCUCCUUGAAGCCUUCUACUGUUGAAGCUAUCAUAUGUCUUAGGGAUUGGACAUUUGGAGAAGGUAAAUAACUAAAUAUUGAUACACUUAUAUAUUACAAUUUCUUAUUUCUUUCAAUUCAUGCUUGAAUCU